AAAACGACGCGGGCGAACUACGUUUUCCCUCCCUCCAUUUUCCCCGCGGGUACCACUCCCACACCAAGCACAACCAGAGCAGUGGUGGGAGUGGAAAAUAGAGAUGAUGACGGGAAGCGUAAACAACAAAAACAGGGGUUUCCACCACCAGCCUUCCUGCACCAGAACCCACCAGAUCGGAGCCCUAGCCUUGGUCGCCGCCACCUUCUUUCUCACCAGGCUCUUCGACCAUGCCUUCUCUCCCUGCUCCUCCUCCCCCUCCGCCGGCCAACACAACCGCUUGCGGUUCGCUGACGGAGGCGGAUCCGUCUCCUGGCCCCACCGAGGAUAUGGAACUCACCUCUCCCUUAAAAUCUACGUCUACGAUGAGCACGAGAUCGAUGGCUUGAAGCCCUUGUUGUACGGCAGAGACGGCACCAUCUCCCCCCACUCCUGCGUCAAAGGCCAGUGGGGUACUCAGGUUAAAAUUCACAAGCUACUUCUAAAAUCAAGAUUUCGGACGACAAAGAAAGAGGAAGCGGAUAUGUUCUUUGUGCCGACGUAUGUGAAGUGUGUUCGGAUGAUGGGAGGUCUGAAUGAUAAAGAGAUUAACCAGUCCUUCGUGAAGGUUUUAAGCCAAAUGCCAUAUUUCAGGCUGUCUGGUGGUCGCAACCAUAUAUUUGUAUUCCCAAGUGGUGCCGGAGCUCACUUGUUUAAGUCAUGGGCCACAUACCUGAAUCGUUCCAUAAUUCUUACUCCCGAGGGGGAUCGUACUGAUAAGCGGGACACAAGUGCAUUUAAUACAUGGAAAGAUAUCAUCAUCCCUGGAAAUGUUGAUGAUGGGAUGACUAGAUCUGGUUCGACACUUGUCCAGCCCUUGCCUAUUUCAAAGAGGAAGUACUUGGCAAACUUCUUAGGUCGAGCACAAGGGAAGGUUGGCCGUCUUCAAUUGGUGGAGCUUGCAAAGCAAUUUCCAGAUAAGUUGGAAUCUCCAGAGUUGAAGUUCAGUGGCCCCGACAAGUUGGGAAGGAUGGAAUACUUUAAGCAUCUGCGCAAUGCCAAGUUCUGCCUAGCACCACGCGGGGAGUCAUCAUGGACUCUUCGCUUCUAUGAAUCAUAUUUUGUGGAGUGUGUGCCGGUGAUAUUGUCGGAUCAAGUGGAAUUGCCUUUCCAAAAUGUCGUUGACUACAGUCAGAUAUCAAUCAAAUGGCCUUGGAGUCGCAUAGGCCCCCAGCUACUGGAGUACUUGGAAUCAAUACCAGAUGAAGACAUAAAUGGGAUGAUAUCCCGGGGCAAACAGGUAAGGUGUAUGUGGGUUUAUGGUUCAGAAUCGGAGCCUUGUUCUGCAAUGCUUGGAAUUAUGUGGGAACUACAGAGAAAAGUGAGGCAAUUCCACCAGUCGACUGAAACAUUCUGGCUGCACAAUGCAUCAAUUGUAAAUAGAAACUUGGUUGAAUUCCAUAACUGGAAGCCUCCGAUGCCAUUGCCUUAAAUGUUCUCGCUUGUGAAAUUAUCCCUUCUUUAUAGUCAAUUCCAAUUUUUUUGAAAUUUGCAUCAA